AAUUAACUAGAGCACAUGAUUAAAAAUUGCUUAUGUUUAUUUUGUUUUCUAGUUCGUUCCUAUGGAACCGAAGACAGACCAGCAGAGCGGCCCAUAGCCCCGCAAUCGCAAGUUUAUGACUUUAUAGUAUUCCGUGGUAAUGACAUUAAAGAUAUUCAUGUUUGCGAACCACCAAAGUGCCCGCAAACUUCAAGUUCUGAGCUGGCUAGAGACCCAGCCAUUGUGCAACAUUCCCAUGCAAGUACUCCAGCUGGUCAUGGCUAUGGUUCUUUUACCCAGCCUAAUGUUAGUACCGCAGGCUAUGGUCCUUUCGGUGGACUGCCCUAUAGUGCAGGCUAUGCUGGUGCGGUGGGUAGCAUGAUGGCAGGCCAGCAACAGAUGGGUGUCCCCGGCAUGGCUCAACACACUCAUGACGUCAACAGGCAGACCCCGCCCCUUACUAUACCCGUUCGCAAGUCUCCCACCAUGGAGCAAGGUGUUCAAGCGUCUGGACCUGACUCACCAAAGAAAAACACCAAGAAAGAAGACAAUUACCGUAAUGAGAAGAAAGGCGAGGGAGGAAAAACAAUUCGUAGACAAGGUUCAAAAGAAGACAAAACAUCUGGUUACCAUGGCAAGGAAAACAAGGAAGAAAAUAAGGAACAACAUAUUGAGUCUAGGGAAUGGCGUGAUAGUCGGGAGAAACGUGACACACGUGAGUGGCGCGACAACCGAGACUGGCGAGACAAUAGAGGCUGGAGAGACCGUAGAGAUGGUCAACCUCAAAGAAGGGGAAGAGGAAGGGGAGCUGGAAAUGGUGGAGGUGGUGGUGGGAGCAACCGUCCCCAGAAGUCUGGUACAGCCAAAGAAGCCAUUAAAGUCGGUACAGACUUCGAUUUCGCUGAAGCUAAUUCCAAGUUUGACAAAUCUGAAUUGGAAGAACAGUUCCAGACCAAAUUGAAACUAGGUAACGGUGAAUGUAAAGAGGAUUCAGGAAACGAAACUCAGCCAAGUGAUGCAGCGCAAGAAGAUGAGGAGGAAAGCUUUUAUGAACCCAAGAAAUCGUUCUUCGAUUCUAUUACAUGCGAGGCGUCAGGCAGGGGUCCGAGAUCAAAUUGGAAAGAAGAACGCAAAUUAAAUGCUGAGACGUUUGGUGUAAGUGCUAACUACCGAUCCCGUGGUCGUCGCGGAGGAUACAGAGGAGGUUACCGUGGUGGGUACCGCCCUCGUGGACGUGGUGGUUACAGAGGUGGUUACCGAGGUGGGUACCGUGGUGGAAGAGGCGGUUACAGGAGUGAUCGAUCAGAAAAUACUGAACAGCAAGCGCCACUGACUGCCCAAGCAUAACCUUAGAGAGAAGAAAUAAAAGAAAAUAGUUUUUGAAAAUGACUGCAGAAAAUGCAUGAAGAUCAAAAAAAAAAAA